AUGUUAUAUGUUAAUAUCUUGAUUUACGUUCUCUCUUUCUUGGAGGUUCAAACCAUUCACUUAGCGCGACGCUUGCGCUCAUACUGUGGACUCAUUCAUCAUCUGGCCGAAGGCACAAGGGCGACAGUGUCCAAAGACAGAUGCAAAGCGACGCCAACGAACCCAGGAUACGCUCUUUCCAUUCGACUGCCCACGGAUAUUUCACCCGUUCUCGCCUCCGUCUUUCUGAUCUCAACACUGCAAAACCGUAAAACUGGAUCUCUUGACCUAUACGUCCCCGAUGUUAAACGCGGUCCCUCAAUUAUCGGUUCCCGCAAGCCUAUUACCUCCCACUUAGCUCCGCGACAUCAACUGACUUAUCCCGCCAAAGCCUGGUCGAUCUCAUCGCCCCCAGCACAAGAAACCUCCCCUGUGUCACUCAUGUCGGACGGCGGGAGUACUUGUUACAAGCAACCCCAUCCUGAACCCGCAGAUGUACCUCCGCAUGGUGCUGCCAAAAAAUGGAUCAAUACAUGGCGUCCAUCAGUGGUACGAUCUUUUCAACUUGCUCUCUCAAGGGCGGACAUACUCGACGAAACUCUGGGGAUAGAAAUUAUUGUCUACUCGAUUGCCCUGGUUUUGUGCAAGAUUGGUGACAUAUUCAUCACUCUUCUGCUUGGUUUCUUCGUCUACUUUAGCAUCCGGAAGCUUGUCAACAAUCGCGCGGCUCGGCCUCACCUAUCUCCAGCGCUGCAUGACUUUUCCUCUGUCCUGUCACUGGCAUACAGCCUCACAAUCGAUGCGGAGAUGGCUGGAGAGCGGGUUGCACCGUCGAUCUUGGCAGCUUGUCCACCGCUAUUGCAGACAGGCUCAGGCAAGACUCCUUUUCCAACGGAUCGCUCUAUCUCGGUGUCGAAUAUCGGACAAGUUCAAACCAAAACGAAGCCAAAACGAAUCAAGCUUCAGAUGGAGAUGCAUGUUCCUGAGGGCAAGUCAUUCCCGACGCUCGUAAAUAGAGAUAUCAGCAAAACUUUGGACUAUCCUGACUCAAAGUUAGCCACCCCGGAUGUCGAUUCAACCUCGCGGCCGCUCCUCCCGCCAGAGUACACAUCACCCUCCAGCUCACCUUCAACGAUUGAAAAUGAGGAGUACUUGAGUUCUAAAAAUAGAUUGCGAGAUAGGAGGGGAGGCACCGGUAAUAAUGAGGAGCGUUUCCAAUCAAUCAGCGUCGACAAGUCUCAUCGACCGCUUGGCGAAAUUUAUGUCGCCCAAUACGCCUGUUGUUUCGAGAUCAUGGGCGUCAACGUUGCUUGGACCUUAACCACGACUAUUCCACCCACUCCGCUCAUAUUGGACCCCUCUCUGAAUCCUUCUCUUCCUUCCGUCUUUGACGACGUGGGUGAGGAUGGUUUUUUCAAAGAUGCAGGUGUGGUAAUUGCGGGGGAAUCAAACAAAAGUGAAAUCUGGGAACGUAUCAUUCAUUCAACGUACCAAGAUCAAGACGACCUUCGGAUUAGGGCUCUGUUUAUCGAAAACAUGUCUGGACCUAUACUCCAAAUGCUGGGGACACGGUACAACAUCGAGCCCUUCUUCUUUUCAUCAUCUUUAAAUUGGAUACCAUCACGAUUCCAAGAGGAAAUUCGCGAAGGCGAAGGCGAUCAUAUAACCGUAACCUUGACCUUUCUACGAUCCAUCACUGCUGGAACCGCUGUUAGUCUGGAUGCUUAUGCCUCAUCAGAGACAUUGAGGGAAAGACCUUCUGUUGCUACACAGUUGCUUGAUACACAAGCACCUCUCGAUCUACGGUCAGGACAAAGCGUAUACUGGCAGAAUAUAUUCCGUAAAUACGAGGACCCAACAUUUGUGCUCCUCGUCUUCAUCUGGCACGCCAUCUAUGCUUGGGAUGAAUCGCUUGAGAAUCUGUACAGUCACAUCUGCGACCUGGAAUCACGAGUGAUGAACACCUCAGAAAUGGACCUCACACAAGAACUACACAUUAUUCGCGCACACCACCUUCACUACUCAUCCCUGCUCGACAAUUUCAGAAAGACGGUCGAGUUCAUCCGGGACACCCUCAAUCCGGCUCUGGAGAGCCUUUCGGAAGAAGAUCGGGCUGAGAGCAAAGAGGUUAUGAAGCGGGAGACACAUACCUUGCUAAGUGAGAUUGAACGCUUGAACAAAACGAGGGAUAUGCAGGACAAGCGUUUGAAAAACGUGAUGAACCUCGUAUUCAGCAGUGUCAACAUUGAUGACAGCAAACGUAUGCAGAGGAUGACAGAGGCUUCCGUUAGGGACAGCGCUGCCAUGAAACAAAUCGCAUACCUCACCAUGAUCUUCCUACCAGCCUCGUUCGUCGCAAACAUCUUCAGCAUGAACGUUCACCAGAUAGCUCCAGGCACGACAGCCACCCUCCCGCAGUUCAUAGAAGGCGCCAUCCCCCUCACCCUCGCCACAAUCUGGAUAAUCAUCGCCUUCCAGAGCAAAUACAUCUUCCCGAAGAACGCGUCGUUUUGGACACGGCUUGGCUGGCCGAUCUUGAUGUUGAUGCGGGCGUUUGGGCGGGAUCCGUAUGCGGGGCAGAGUGAGGAGCUGCCCCUUGGGCAUUUCGCUAAGUGA